AUGAAGCAAGUUCGAGAGACGACACCGCCCGCCGACUCACCUUCUUCCGUUUCCUCUCCUCCCCAUACGAGAGCCACGAACCCUCCCUGCGAUGAAACGCUACUCAAGGGCGCACCCUCGUCUUCUUCCGACCCGCCUGCGCCUUGUUCAAUCCCGCCAUCGACACCCAGGGCCGACACCGCGGUACUGAGGCUUCCCAGACACCAAGAGGAGAAAGCUCUGCGAGAGACUGCGCAUGCGGCAGAGGGAGCGUCCAAGGACGAGGAGAGAGGCAGGCUGCACGGCGCGGACGGCGCAACUGUCUCGUCUGAACAACGAGCUAUCUGGAAGAGACAAGGCCGAUCGUAUGUGCUUUGGAGACGACUCUUCCGAUUCAAGAGACUUGUACUCACAUAUGGGCGACAGGCCCGAGGAACUGCGGAAACGAUACAGAGACAAACAUUGAGCUCGAAAGGCGGCGUUCCCGUUUUGAAUCCAAUGAACAAAAUCCCGAGAUCCAUCCUCUCCGGUGGUCUUACUGGUGGGAUCAACACUCUCGAUAGAGGCAAGGAUACGAGCCAAAAGAGACUGCCACCAGUGCAAUAUGUCGAACCCUCGAGGUCUGCCAAACGGCAAAAGACACAGACCAAGGACGAAGCGCCCCGGAACUCCAACGUGUUUACUUCGGGGCAUUUCUCUCUGAUAACAGACUCUCCGACGCCAGAACCAGUGCCCCAAAAACCGCACAUGGUGGAUUUGACAGAGUCACAACAGUCGACAGAUCUCGAGGUCGUUAGUAACCGCUCAAACCAUGAACUGACAUCGGGUUCACAUGUCCCUGAAUACCGGAACGUGGAGAGGGCGCACAGCGCAACUGCUAGUAACAAGCGUUCACGUCGUCCCCGUGCCCGCUCGUUGAAAUGCGCAAAACCGGCAACGCCCAAGGACAACUUCUCUGAUGGUGAAGACGACCUUAUGAAGGAUGAAGGUGGCCCCCCGAAGAAGAGACAUACGGCAGAUCAACCCAAGGCCAAUUCAAGAACAGCGUUUCAUCUACCUCCUGGCGUCAGCACCGCGAAGGGCCAGCCAGAAGACAUUUCGGACGAUGAGCUUGGUAGUCAGGACAAGACAUCAAAGAGCCGGCAUGCAUCCUUGAGAGACGAAGAGGCAAGAAAGCCAAGGGACCAUGCCACCACUCAUUCGCGCGGAGACAUGGCCAAAGUGAACUUCACAAAGUCUAGGGUCGCCCAGCCUCCCAUGCUACGUGUCGUUCGUGCUGUCUCUGGGAAACAAACGUUGGAUGCUGAGAAUCUGUCCCCGGAUGAACGUCCCGUGCUGAGAUUGGAUGAUGAUCUCAAAAGCCUCGUUGUGGUCGAUGGCAAGAAUGAAUGCCGUCCAGACUACAGCUGGCUAGGGGCGAAGCUAGCGUCCUGUACUAAAAUUGAGUACAGCACGAGCGGCACUCCACUUGUGGCAGUUUGGAGAGCCUCGAGUGAGGGUGUCGGUCGUUUACUGGUGUUGAAAUUCGCUCAACUCGGGGACGCCCUGACUCUGGGGCUUUGGGCCGAAGGCGAGCUGAAAGGCCGUUGUUCAUCAGUAGACUGCAAUCACCUCGAAAGAAUUUUGAACAGGCAACAGCAUGAAGCGGAUAACUGGGAGCUUACGCAUGCGCAAAGGCCAGACGACAUCAAGUAUCUUGAACAUCAUGAGGCAGCAAAAGCCAAGUCUGAAAUGAAAUCGACAGCAGAAAGCUGUUCAAGACCGGCUCCAGCGCAGCAGAACACUCCGUCCCAGAAAAAUCGCCAGUCAUUGCGACGCAGCAUGCAGGGUGAUGGUUCAGCGUCAGAGACAAAAUCUGCCCCUAGGACAGCUUCUGUUUUCAGUCUCAAUGACGACGUCAAGGACCGCCAGACCGAUGCCCAUCGAACAAAAGCAUUGCCGUCUAGGCAGGUGAAACAAGGUCCUUCUCGACAAAUCUCGAAUCCGUCGCCCGGCUUUCUCAGGCGCAAAUCCCCCAGCCCUGUCUCGUGGGUCAAUCAAAAUCCUGACUGGAUUAGGAUUUGGGAUGACAAACCCCUCAUAUUUCCCACCACCGGCAAGAACAGGGCGUCAGUUUAUCGUGAUGACAUUUCGCGGCUCGAAGAGGGAGAGUUCCUUAACGACAACCUCAUUGGGUUCUACUUACGUUAUCUUCAAGCCAAUCUGGAACGAGACAACAUGGCCCUGGCUGACCGGAUUUACAUCAUGAACACCUACUUCUAUCCGAAGCUGACCGAUGUAAAAGCUGGCCGUGGAAUCAACUACGAAGGUGUUAAAUCAUGGACAACGAAGAUCGACCUGUUCUCGUUUGACUACAUCGUCGUUCCAGUCAAUGAGAGUGCCCACUGGUACCUGGCAAUCGUUUGCAACCCGGGCAAGCUGCUGCGGACAACUGAUGCACAACCGGGGGGCGAGAAGUUGGAACCCGCAGAGAAGUCCGCUGACAAGACCAACGAAGAGUCCAAGGCACAGUCAGCAGGAGAGGGUUCGAUCGCUACCGUCGGCAAGAAGGUCGAACAAAUGAGCCUGGAAGAGGCCGAAACAGAAGGUCGUUCCCGGCAAGAAGAUCGGCCAAAGCAGGAGGGCCAGCCGGAGCAGGAACCCCAGCCAAAGCAAGAAGAGAAGAAAACUGAAGAGGCGGGACCCAAGCCACCAUCAAACAAGCUUCGUCUGCCUCGGAAAAACGCAGGAACCCCGGCUCGAAAGCAAGAUCCUACUGAGGCUAGAGUGAUUACCCUCGACUCGUUGGGAGUUGGACAUUCCCCUACUUGCGGCAACCUCAAGUCGUACCUCGUCCGAGAAGCGAAAGACAAAAGGGGUAUGGAUCUUGAACCGCCCGGUACCUUUGGUAUGACUGCAAAGGGCAUUCCUGAGCAAGAAGAUCACGCAAGUUGUGGCGCUUUCCUCCUCGGGUACAUGCGAGAGUUCCUCAAGGACCCAGACGGCGUGGUCGCCAAGCUAGUUCGUAAGGAGGCACCGAGCUGGGACAUUACGUCUCCCGCCAUGCGCAGCGAACUACGCAACAUCAUCAUCGAAAAGAGAAAGGAACAGAAUGAACUGGCGGCAGAGAAGAAGGCCAAGCGGAAGUCGAAUGUCCGACCACCUGCCACUAGCAAGUCGCCGGAGAAGGGUCAAGAAGCAGAGCCUGCUACGCCGAGGACUCCUCAGCCAGUUCUUGACGCGCCAAAGAACCCGUCAUCAACCGUAAAAGGAUCCCCAGCAAUCGAUCAUCUGCCGUGGAACAGCCGCAGCAGCCCGCCCGCCAAGAAUGACGCUGGUGUCGCCACAGCAUCUCUGCCGGUUGUCAACUCUCCCACAAAACCUCAACCUACUGCAGAGUCUGAACCUGCCAGUGCCGAGGAAUCUCUGCCGCGGACUGAAGCUCACACAUUGAAGGUCGCCAUUGCUGCGUCGUGCAAGGAGAACGGGCUCUUGGGAUCCCUGGAGCAAAGCUCAGAAGGACCAAAAACGCCAGAUCGCGUGAUAUUACGCGGUGAUGGCUUCACACCCGUCCGACUGAGGACAAGUCCUCGUCAUGCAGAGAAGAGACAUGACAUUGACGAUGGUGCGCCGCGGAUGAUGUCGCCUCUUGUCUCUUCGCCCGUCAAGCCAACCAGCGAGAAAGAUUCGGCUUCCACGGGGACCAAGUGGCAACCCGGCAACAGCGAGCUCCGCUUGCGCCAGCUGUCGUCCUCACCGGUGAAGUCGGCCCGCAAAAUCAGACCAGCCGUUGACCGCUCCAAGAAGAGCAUCUCCCCGAGCCAGCAGUUACUGGGUGAAAUGACUUCUUCAUCCGAAUCAAUGCAACAACAUAACCCAGCACUGCAGAAUGGCGAGAAAGAGGCCGAAGGACAGGGGAGCAUCGUGAUCAAGGACGAAGCGCCCCCAAUGUCAUCACCGCACAGAAUGGCGAAAGGCCCUGCUGAGACAAGUCCCUACUUCACAGCGGGAACGACGUCUCGACCUGAACCAUCGCCUCUGGCAAUUCAAGAACCAAAAAAACAUACUUUGAAGGGAGCCAGGGAGGCGACACCAAACUUGAAGCGCACUCCGACGCAGGAGACUGUGGAUCUCACCAUAUAG